CUCCAUUCGCCUUUCCCCCUUUCAGUGGGGUGCCGAGGUUCUGGCAGCAUGACGACGGAGACGUUUGUGAAGGAUAUCAAGCCAGGGCUCAAGAAUCUGAACCUCAUCUUUAUUGUGCUGGAAACAGGCCGAGUGACCAAGACAAAGGAUGGGCAUGAGGUUCGGACUUGCAAAGUGGCAGACAAAACUGGCAGCAUAAAUAUCUCAGUCUGGGACGAUGUGGGUAACCUGAUCCAGCCUGGGGACAUUAUCCGGCUCACGAAAGGGUAUGCUUCAGUGUUCAAAGGUUGUCUGACAUUAUACACUGGUCGAGGGGGUGAUCUGCAGAAAAUUGGAGAAUUCUGUAUGGUUUAUUCUGAAGUUCCUAAUUUCAGUGAGCCGAACCCAGAGUACAAUGCCCAGCAGGCACCCAACAAGGCGGUGCAGAAUGACAGCAGCUCUUCUGCCCCACAACCUCCUGCCGGACCCCCUGCUGCUUCUCCAGCUUCUGAGAACCAGAAUGGGAACGGACUGAGUGCCCUGCCAGGUCCUGGUGGUGGCGCACACCCCUCUCAUGCUCCUUCCCACCCACCUAGCACCCGGAUCACCCGCAGUCAGCCCAACCAUACAACUCCUGGCCCUCCUGGUCCUGCAAGCAAUCCUGUCAGUAAUGGCAAAGAAACCCGAAGGAGCAGCAAAAGAUAG